AUGGCAGCAACCACAACCACCAUCCCACAGGAUGCCUCGUUCGACUUUGUCAUUGUCGGUGGAGGCACAGCUGGCUGUGUCAUUGCCUCUCGCCUUACCGAGUACCUCCCCAACAAGUCUGUCCUCUUGAUUGAGGCUGGACCCAGUGACUUCAUGGACGAUCGCGUGCUGCUUCUCAAGGACUGGCUCAACCUCCUUGGCGGCGAGCUCGACUACGACUACGGCACAACCGAACAGCCCAUGGGCAACUCCAACAUCCGACACUCACGUGCCAAGGUCCUGGGUGGCUGCUCAUCCCACAACACCCUCAUUUCCUUCAGGCCAUUCGAGUACGACUGCAAGAGAUGGGAAGCCCAGGGCUGCAAGGGCUGGAGCUUCAAGACCUUUACGCGUGUUUUGGACAACCUCCGCAACACCGUUCAGCCGGUGCACGAGAACCACCGAAACCAGCUUUGCUUGGACUGGAUCGAGUCGUGCUCCACUGCCAUGGACAUCCCUGUCAUCCACGAUUUCAAUCACGAGAUCAAGACCAAGGGUGCCUUGAAGCCUUCUGUUGGAUUUUUCUCUGUAUCAUACAACCCCGACGACGGCCGACGGAGCAGCGCCAGUGUAGCCUACAUCCAUCCUAUUCUCCGCGGCGAGGAGAAGCGCGAGAACUUGACUGUCCUCACCAACGCCUGGGUUAGCAAGAUCAACGUCAAGGGCGACACAGUCACUGGCGUAGACCUUACCCUGCAAAAUGGCGAGAAGCGAGUGCUCAGCCCCAAGUGCGAGACUAUCCUCUGCGCAGGCGCAGUCGACACCCCGCGAUUGAUGCUUCUCUCUGGCCUAGGACCCAAGGACCAGCUCUCGAGCCUCGGCAUACCCGUCGUAAAGGAUAUCCCUGGUGUGGGCGAGAACCUGCUUGAUCACCCCGAAAGUAUCAUUCUCUUCGAGCUGAACAAGCCUGUACCAGCAAACCAGACUACCAUGGACUCGGAUGCGGGUAUCUUCCUCCGCCGUGAGGCCAAGAAUGCUGCAGGCGAUGAUGGUGAUAUUGCAGAUAUCAUGAUGCACUGCUACCAAAUCCCCUUCUGCUUGAACACCGCUCGUCUUGGCUAUGAUUCCCCAAUAGACGCCUUCUGCAUGACUCCCAACAUCCCUCGCCCCCGCUCCCGCGGCAGGAUCUAUCUCACUUCCUCGGACCCCAACGUCAAGCCCGCUCUUGACUUCCGCUACUUUACCGAUCCUGAAGGUUAUGACGCCGCCACCAUCGUAGCAGGUCUCAAAGCUGCGCGUGAAAUCGCCAAGCAAGCGCCCUUCUCGGACUGGAUCAAGCGUGAAGUCGCUCCCGGACCCAAGGUCCAGACCGACGAGCAAUUGAGCGAGUACGGCAGGCGCGUGGCCCACACAGUGUACCACCCCGCAGGCACCACCAAGAUGGGUGACGUGAAGAACGACAAGCUCGCCGUCGUUGACGCCGAACUAAAGGUCCGUGGCCUCAAGGGUGUGCGCAUUGCCGAUGCCGGUGUCUUCCCCGAGAUGCCCACUAUCAACCCCAUGUUGACGGUCCUGGCCAUUGGCGAGCGCGGUGCCGAGCUCAUUGCCCAGCAGUGGGGCUGGAAGGGUCUGGAGAAGCAGAAGUUGUAG